AUGGCAGGUCCUCCAGCUCCAAGAGGCUUUAUGGGAUGGUGGGGUCACUUGGGAUCCCCCAAGCAAAAGUACAUUACCCAAUACACUGUUUCCCCAAACACUGUGAAUCCAUUUUCAGGAGCUGCUUACAAUGCUGUUUUCAAUACCUUUAGAAGAGUCAAGAACCAAGCUUUGUUUGUUAUCAUUCCCGGUGUGAUUGUGUGGAACAUCUGGACUCAAGCCAGAGACUACAACGAAUACUUGUACACCAAGGCUGGUAGAGAAGAGUUGGAAAUUGUUAACCAAUAA